UGAUGCUGCGUGCCCAUAAUCUCCACCCAUUUCCUGAGGUGUGAAGGAUGUCGGCGAAACGCACAGAGAGCGUUCAGUAGCCCACCGCACCCACCACAUCAGCGUUCCUGACUGAUUUCUGCUUACAUCGACUCCUGCUUUAUCUACACAGUCUUUCGGGGAAUCGGCACGUAGCACGGUCCGGUCGAUGGAAAAAGCGAGAAGAUGAUACUGUGAAGAGGGUGGACAUGGAAACCCGACGCUGAGUUCCUUUAAUUGUGACCAUAAGACACCAUGGCCAAACAGUAUGAUGUGCUGUUUAGACUCCUGCUUCUCGGAGACUCCGGUGUCGGCAAAACCUGUUUGUUAUGCAGAUUCACGGACAAUGAAUUUCAUCCCUCUCACAUUUCCACCAUCGGUGUCGAUUUCAAAAUGAAGACCUUGGAGAUAGAUGGCGUUAAAGUACGAAUACAGAUAUGGGACACAGCAGGUCAGGAGAGAUAUCAGACCAUCACUAAACAGUACUACAGAAGAGCACAGGGCAUUUUUCUGGUGUAUGACAUCACAAGCGAGCGCUCGUUCCAGCACAUCAUGAAGUGGGCAAGUGAUGUAGAUGAGUACGCCCCUGAGAAAGUGCAGAAGAUACUUGUUGGGAACAAGUCUGAUGAAGAACAUAGGAGACAAGUAGCUACAGAACAGGGAAAUAAGCUUGCCAAGGCUUAUGGAAUGGACUUUUUUGAGACAAGUGCCUUUACCAACCACAACAUUACAGAGUCUUUCACCCGAUUGGCUGAAUUAGUCUUACAAGCCAAUAAGAAGGAUCUUGAUUUGUUGGGAGGAUCCAUGAAUGACCAGUUCGAUCUCGCUGUUUUGGAGGAGCAGGAAGGAUUGUGUAAUGUUAGCGACGGCACCCAUAAGUCCUGCUGGUGCUGAGGACAGGAAGUGGCAUGACUACUUUUUCAGUGGAUUUUCAUAUUUAUGUUACAUUUACAUUUGCAAAAUUGAACGUUAUUGUUAAACAGUGUUUGGUGCCUUUAAAGGCUUAUUUCCUACUGAUUCUCAUGAAUAUUAUUUAUUCUUCAUUAUUUAUUUUAUAGUUACUAUAAAUUAAGAUGGAACAUUACAAAAUACUUGCAUAUUAAGAAUAUUUUUCAGUUUUUUUCUUAGUUUAAUAAACAAUAGGGCACUGCAGUGUACAUUAUUUAGUUAUGUUAUUCAAUCCAUACAUUCCAUGUCAGUCAGUUAUAUUCAAUUUCACAAAUAUAAAAAACAAGUUGAUUAAAGCGUAAGGCAGAAUGGUUUAUUUAAAGGAAUAGUGCACCCAAAAAUGAAAAUUUGCGUCCAUCUACUGUUGUCUUCUCAACAAAAUACACUGGUUUUGAACUGUUUUCCCUUGUGAACAGUGAUUGAUCUGUGCAUAUUUCUCUCUUGAUUCAGAGAAAGCAAUAUUAUGGAUGGUGUCUUAAUGAUGGAUUUGUUUAUUACAAACAGCUUUCCACUUCACAGUACAUUAAUUGGUUGAUAAGAGUAAUGUGGAUUAUUAUGAUGUUUUUAUCAGCUGUUUAAACGCUCAAUUUGACGGCACCCAUUCACUGCAAAGGAUCCACUGGUGGAUUUCUCUAAAUCUAUUCCGAUUAAAAAAAACAAGUUCGUCUACAUCUUGAAUGACAUGAGGGUAAAUUUUAAGCAAAUUUUCAUUUUAGGGUGAACUGUUCCUUCAGCGUGGUUGUAUGGCUGGAGCGCCCAUGUUAACAUAUAUUCUUUCUUGUGUUUUGCUAUGGGACUUCAUGUGAAUAUAUUCAGAUCUGAUUUGGCUUUCUAUAAAUUUUUUGAAUACUAAAACCUUGAAUGCACCUACUUGACCAAUGAAUGCUCUUUCAAGGUAAUACAUUUAUUCUUGAGUGAUGAAUUGAUGAAGCUACUUAUGUCAGUGUAAGAAUACAUGCUUCUUUUCUGUAAAAGCUCUGUAAAAAAAAAAAAAAAAAAUAUUCACUAAACAUGCUGCUUACCAGUUCUGGUCCACUGUGAUUGUAAAGGAAUGCAAUGGUUUUAUCUCAUUAAUCUGAGAUUAUUGCUGAAAAUUGACUCAAAUAUUAUCAUUUAAUGUGUUAUUUUACAAUUACUUUUUCAAUCAGUAAUCACCAUUUACCUGAUUAGAAUAGUUGGAAUGUUUCAACUUUUACUCUAUUAAUGAUUCUGGAAAUAAUGUGGUUUAACUUUCAUCACAGCACACCAAAUAAUAUUUUUCUUGUGCUUAAAUCAACAUCUUACCCAUAUGAACUUGAGUGAAAUGUAUGCAGCAGACUGAACUGUUGUGAUUCCAAGCAUUUGAUGCCGAUGUGCAUCGUUGCAGUGACAUGGGUUGUAUUGCUAAUGAUUCAAUGUAUAUUACACUAUUGCAGCAUUUAUAUGUGCAAGUGGUAUUGUACUAUGUUGACUUAAAUGAACUCUUGAAUAAUGCUGAUGUUUACCUGUCUUAUUUGAGAAGUUGUUUCAUGAAAUAUGUCCAAUCUGAGAAAUUUAAAUGCUUAUGUGGUUAUUUAUAUAUAAACUAUAAUAUUGUGAUUCUGUUUAGGGGAUCAAGUAGUUAUGAAUAAACAUCUAAUUAUGAAAAGGUAA